GAACCCUAAAAUCAUAAUACAAAAAAAUGAAUUUCAUUAGCUAUUCUUGCAUUCUAAUAAUCUUGGCAUUUCUUGUAGGUGUUCUAGUUGUUCCCUCGAAGGCUCAAGACAGCCCACAAGACUAUGUAAAUGCUCACAACCAGGCACGAUCACAGGUAGGUGUUGGCCCCAUACAGUGGGACGAGGAGGUUGCAGGCUACGCUCGGAGCUACGCAGACCAACUAAAAGGCGACUGCAAUCUCGUACACUCCGGUGGGCGUUACGGGGAGAACUUGGCCAUGAGUACCGGCGACUUUUCUGGCGUGGACGCCGUGAACUUGUGGGUUAACGAGAAGGCUGACUACAACUACGAUUCGAACACGUGCAACGGAGUUUGUGGUCACUACACUCAGGUUGUUUGGAGAAAUUCAGUGAGACUCGGAUGUGCUAAAGUAAGGUGUAAUAAUGGUGGAACCGUCGUCAGUUGCAACUAUGAUCCUCCAGGGAACUUUAACGGCGAGAAGCCUUACUAAUGUAUGAGCAUGCUGCAUAUACACACAUAUAUAUAUAUAUAUAACAACACGUACUUGGACACAUGACGUGUAUAUGUAUUUCAAUAAGAAGCAUCAUAUGCGAUAUUGCGAUGUGUAUCAAAAUUUAUUAGAUUAUCCAAUUAAGAGCUGAGAAUGCAUGUAUCAAUGUAUAUGUAUAAACUUAUCCAUUUAAAUCCCA